UGCUCGCUGUUUUUCUGCCCCCAGCGUAAAGUCAGGAUCACCCUGCCCUCUACACCAAGAAGAGUUUCAUCCUUGAGAGCAGUUUGAGCAAAUUAGUUUACUACCUCACCAUUGGAAAAAGUUCCUUGAAGCUGGAUUUUUUUUCUGCAUGACACACCACCUCGUCUACAGAAUGAAGCAACGAGACCAAACAGCUUUAGGAUCUUCUGUGCUAGCUUUUGUAAUGCUUUGACUAAAGUUGUGUGAUGGGAUGCAGAUGGAUGAACAGCAGGACAUGACACUCAUCUGACACCAAUCUGUUUUUGGGCUGGGUGAGCUGUGACCAUCACCAUGCAGACCUUCUACCAGCCUCACCAUACCAUCCGCCACCCCCCAGGUCUCUACCUGGACCCCACCCUGCUGCAGCACCGUGUCCUGGAGGAUCAAGUGGAGCUGUGGUGGUUCAGGGAGCCACGCCGCUCCCUGUUGUGCUACUGUACCUCUGUUGCCCUCAUAGUGGGGCUGGGCCUCGGAGGCGUGGGCCUCCUCUCCACCACAACCAGCCUGUCCGGUGAGUGGCGCCUCGGGGUGGGCACUACUCUGUGCCUCUUAGCCCUGGCUGUUCUUCUCAAGCAGCUCCUCAGCUCUGCCAUCCAGGACAUGAACUGCGUGCGCAGCUGGCGUCGGAUCGACCAGCUGAAGAGCGGCGGGAGGGCUGACCCGGCGCUUAUCUUAGCUGUGGGGCUGGCAGUGAUGCUCUGUGGGACUGUGCUUCUCUGUGUGGCCACAAUUGGCAGCCAAGGUCAUGACAGAAAGGAGAUGUUGGUGUCUAGUCUGGUGCUGAUGGCUGCUGGGGCGGGCAUGGCUCUGGCUGUAGCGGGUUAUGGCGUGCUCAUCUACCUUAAAAGAAGAAGAGAGCAGAGGAGGAGGAUGAUGAUGAGAAUGAGCAGAGCGAGGAGGCUGGGGGGUCGAGCUGUCAGGGUGUUCAGUGUCUCAGGGGGACAGAUGAGCCAGGCCAGGAGAGAGACAUCCUCCAGCAGGACCAGCCUGAUCUGA